UUAGGACUGUUAGACGUUAACAUACCACUCAUUUACGGCGAAGGCGAGAAAGCUUUCAUGCGUUUGCAGGAUGAAUUGCUUAAAUUGUCCGCGGAUGCGUCCUUGUUCUUAUGGUUUCGAGGAAUAGAUGGUGGUCUCCUAGCCCCAUCGCUACGGCAUUUCCAUCCUUGCGGCAAAAUC